CUGAUUCCCCACUCUCUUCAUAUCGCCUCGACCAAUCACUUUACCCCUACUUCGCCGAAAUCUUCCAAUUUCCACUGCUAUUGAGACCCAGAAACAAACAGAAGCAGAGUUAGCGCCACCGCAGCAAUUUGACGACUAUGUGGAGGACAAAACCUACAUAUGGUGAGGUUAACAGAAUCAUGGGCAACUGAAGCUGGAACGGAUAUGUAAUACUUGAUAGAGUGGAAAGACGAACAUGCCCCGACCAGGGUCCCUUCCGAGUACGAGACUAGCUCCGUGGUGGAAGGCAGCGAUGACGGGAGGGACGCGGACGCCGUUGACGAGAACGUACGUACGUACGGCUCUACCUAUUUGGUGGAUCUGAGGACUGCGACAAACUACCGGCAGAAGCGGGGGCGGACGUCAAUUACAGGGACAAGCGCGGUGGCAGCUUGACGCCUCUGCACAUGGCGGCAGGCUAUGUCCGGCCUGGAGCGGUGAAGAGAAUGUUGAUCCGCCUCUCAGUCCGGCGCCUCUGCUCUUCCGGUCACAUCUUCCUAUUUUUGCUUCCUUUAUUUUAAGUUCUUUCUUUUUUUUUUUGGGAAAGUUCCCUAAAUAAGUUUGAAAAUUCGAUUGUCAUGUUUUUAUUCCCAAAAUAGGAGUAAUUACUGUCAAGUUUGGAAAAUACUGUCAUCUUUAAAGUCUGGUACUGCCAAAACAUGACAGUAAUUAGUACUAUUUUGGAAAUAAAAAUAUAGCAGUCCUAUUUUUGGAAUAUAGAAGUGCUUUUAGUCCUAUUUAGGGUAAUUACUCUUUUUUUUACAUUCCUAUGCAUGUCUCCGAUUUUAAGUUUGGUUUUAUAUUUGGGGUUUUUAUUUUAAUAUUACUAAUUUUGAACUAAUAACAAAAAAAAGUGAGCACUUUUAAAAAGGAGCAAAAAAAGGUCAUAUUAAAGUCAUUCUCAGAUUUUAAUAUCACUAUCCUCUUUUAUUGUCACUAUUAAAUGUCAGUGAUGCCACUACCUGUGUCACUGCCGCCACCAUCCAUGUCACUGCAGCCACCGCUCGUAUCACUGCGGCCACCGCCGCCCGUGUCACUGCAGGCACCGCCCUUGUCCCUGUAGCCACUUCCUAUGUCAUUUUCAUAUGUCACUAUCGGUUUUUAGGUGACCUUCAUGUGUCACUAUCAACUUUCAUGUCACUUUCGGGUGUCACCGUUGCCGUGAAACGUGUCAUUGAUCGCCGGAGAAUUUACUGGCAACUUUUUUUGGUAAACAAUAACUUCCAUGGCUGAGCACCGCAGCCCAUCACUCCCAGGCAGUGCCAUCCCACCGUCACUCGGUAGACCCCAUGCCCCAACCAACCCCAUGCUAGCAAACCCAAUGACCACCGUCCAGUACAGUGCCCGACGCCGCCGGAGCCGUCACCAUCACCGGCGUUGCCCCUACCCCCCUCAACCCCCAUUCCCUGUCACAACCCCCAACACCCUUCCCAGUGGCCAGAGACUUCUUCAGCCCUACUCCCCAACCACCGCACCACCACUUACAACCCUAACCUCCAAAUUGAGCCGCGUCGCCGCUCCCCUGCCACCUUGCCUCCGCCAUCGCUAAACCGGAUCUCGAAUUAACACCUCACGUCGCCUACCGCCACCAGCACCACCCCGGUCUGCAAUUAACCUUACCCCCGAUCCUCGUCAUCGCCAAACCAGAAGCUCGAAUCUGUUCAAUUAGAGCACCGAAGACAAAUAAACAAAACUACCACCCCUAGCACCACCUUUGAAGCUCGAAUUUGCUCCUUAGCGUUCGGAAUCAGCUGCGUUCGUUCCCUAUGUCGUCACAGAGAAAGAGAAGAAAAGGAAUGGAGACGAAGUGCAGAAAGAUGGUGCAUCAGCGAAGAAGAUCAGACGACGGUGUUGCUGCUGAGGAGGCUAUGGUGCAAUCGCCGAUCGAGGAGUUCUGGAAGAUAUAGAUCUGAUUUGCUUCUUUGGGAUGCGGCGUAGAUGUUGCGCGUCGGAUAACUACAGGAGAUCAGUUUUAUGUCUCGGUCAUUUUAAGUCAUAUUAAAGUCUGGCGAAAGAUGGGUACUUUCUUAAUAUUAAGUCAUAUUAAUGUCAAUCUCAACUGUGUGAACACAUUUUUAUUAGAGUAUUUCGGACACUUUCUUAAUAUUAAAACUUUUUGCAUCUUAUGAAAAUGGUUAUCUCCGCACUCUUCUUUUUUG